CUCUUAAUGGUGGGGGUAGCCCUGCGCUUGUAGCGUGCACUUUCUGGUCGCCAUCUUGACGUCUGGCUGACAGAAGGUGUUGGUUGUAGGUGAAAGAUCAAGGCUUGCAUCAUGGCUGUGGUAAUCCGCCUUCAGGGUCUCCCAUGGUCGGCCUCCGCCAUGGACAUUCGCUCCUUCUUCUCCGGCCUCACAAUUCCCGAUGGUGGGGUGCAUAUAGUGGGUGGGGAUGCAGGAGAUGCCUUCAUUAUCUUUGCCUCCGACGAAGACGCCCGCCAGGCGAUGGCUCGCACGGGAAACACGAUCCACGGCUCGCCUAUCACCCUGUACCUGAGCUCCCGCAAGGAGAUGCAGGAUCGCAUCAACAUGAGCAGAAGCACAACUUUUGACUCUCCUACACCAGUAGCUACCAGCAAUGUGGAGAAAACUCAGUCGCCUAGUUUUGGGUCCAGAAAUGUGGCCCCGAAUGGCUCAUCUUAUGUCCCUCCUGCAGUGCAAGAAAGUGGGUACAGCAGUAUGUCCUCCUCAAGCUAUAAUUCCUCUCCAUUCAGUGCAGCGCAGACAUGCAUUCAACUGUUCGGCCUCAACACCAAUGUCACAGUGUCAGAAAUCCACUCCCUCUUCUCUGGGUUGGAGAUAGCCAGUGAUGGCAUUGUCAUUGAGAUGGAUCCUUUUGGUAACAAGACAGGCAAAGCCUUUGUCAAAUUCAAGUCUGUCCGUGACUGUUCUGCUGCGGUGCGUACAUACAAGGAGUAUCUGGCUGCUCGUCACAUCGAAGUUCUGUCUAGCACCGAGAAUCAGUGGCAGAUAGCUUAUGACUUUGCUAAAGCUGUUCAGGCACCGGCAGUCACCAGCUAUGCUAACACCAACACUGGAGUGAUGCAGCGAAUGCAGCCUCAGCCUCGACAGACCCAGCCUACAAACCCCCAACACUCCCGUUCCCCCGUUAUGCCAAGAUCGGGAGCCCAACAAAGCAGGGCCCAAGGUGCCCAACGCCCUCGCUCUCGUUCCCCUAUUGAACGCACUGACUCCAUGUGUAUUAGCCUCAAGGGGCUCCCAUACACCGCAAAGGAUAAGGAUGUCCGAGAUUUCUCCAAAGGCCUGGGCAUCAGGAAGGUUUGGAUUGAUUUUGAAGAUGGUAAGGCCAUUGGCAGUGGGUUUGUUGAGUUCAAAUCCUACGGUGAUCAGAAGGCAGCCCUGCGGCUACAUAAGAAAUACAUGGGAAGCAGAUACAUUGAGGUCACCAGCGCACCAUCUUCUGACAUGCAGAAACAUAUCCAGAAGUUCCGUGAGACCAGGAAGGCUCAAAAUGAGAAGAAGAAAGCUGAAGCUGCGAAAAAAGCUGCUGCAGAAGCAGAGGUCAGGAAGGCUGACGAUGCAAGAAAGGCAGAAGAAAGCAAGCGGGCUGAAGAAACCAGAAGGGCUGAGUCUCGAAGAGCAGAAGAGGCCAGAAAGGCAGCAGAUGCUGAAGCCAAAGCUAAAAAAGAAGCAGAAGCCAAGAAAGCUUCUGAGGCUAAGAAGGCUGCAGCUUCAGCAACAGUGUCUACACCAGCACAGACUCCUGCCGCUGUGAAGCGCCAGGCUUCAUCAGAGCCUACCUCUGAGCCCUCGCCAGCAAAGAAACCAGCACUUGAGCCAACUCCUUCACCUUCACAUCCUCCCCAGAGUGGAGAGAAGACAAAGCAAGAACAAGCAAAACCUGAAGCAGCUGCUGAAGUCAAAGUUGAGGCAAAAGCUGUUGAGAAAACCCCAGCAAAGGCAGCAGAAGAUCAACCAAGUAAAGCAGGGCCAGAGAAGGAGAAAGCAAAACAGGAAGCUGCACAGCCUAAUCCCAAAUCUGAAGAAAAAGAGAAAGUUUCAAAGAAACCAGACUCCAAGGCCAAGAAGGGUUCCAAGUCACCGGGGAAGGAGGCUAAAAGUACCAAGGAGCUUGAUCCCAGGGCAAAGUGUUGCAUGCACGUUUGGAACCUUCCUUACAAGGCAAGUAAACGAGAGAUUGAGAAUUUCUUCACGGGCAGCACCAUCGCCGAGAGGGGUAUUCACAUGGUUUAUACCAAGACGGGAGAGUUCUCGGGCGAGGUCUUUGUUGAGUUUGUUGGUAUUGCGGACUGUGACAGGGCUUACAAGCUUCGAGCAAAGCGCCUGGGCGGUCGAAUGGCCCUUCUCCGCCCCAUCACAAGGGAGGAGAUGCGGGACCGCAUGGCAAGGCCAACCCAGCGUGACAUGCGUACCUCAGAGAAGGAUAGAGAAAGGCGGCAGCAAGACCGUAUGAUGGGGCAGGAUCAAAUGCUCGAGCCCCCUCGCAGGGGGCCACAAGGGCCUCAGAUACCAAGCUUGCUGGACCUUCCUUCAAGUGCCCCACUAUCCGGAAAUGUUGGCAUGCCACAGUUCCCACCUCAAAUGGGAGUGCAGCAGGGCCCCGGAUUGGUCCCAGGGGGUAACAUGAAUAUGCCCAACGUUGGGCCUCCUGCUCCUGCAUUCAACACCAAUGAGCCCCCGAGUGACAUUGUCGGCAUUCAAAACCUCCCCCUCACAGCCACUAUGGAGGAAAUCCUGGACUUCUUCUAUGGCUACCCUGUCCUGAAGGACUCUGUCCACAUUCACCGUUCUGACCGUGGGGCUCCCACAGGCAAUGCAUCCGUGGCUUUCCCCACCCCCCAGGAUGCCAUGAUUGCAGUACGGGAGUUGAACGGCCGGCCUAUGGGUGUCAAGAAGUUGCGCCUUCUCCUCAUCUAGCCCUGGAAACAGGUACCCACCCAUGACCAUGUUGAUUCUGCAAGAUUUGGAAGGGAAGUGCCAUCUACCGGGAGGGCCAAGGCUGAUGUCAACGUUCAAGCCAACUUUGUAAAUGUAAAUGAUUAGGUACUUAGCUGUAGAAUGUAUCAAGAGCCCUUUUUUCAAGUAGUCAUGUUAUUCUACAAGUCAUUUUACUACGUAAGCCAAAUGGUGCAGUGUUGACAAAACUUCAUACCAUUAUUCUGUGUUCAAACAAGUCAUUCCAUAAGAUUGAAACAUUAACAUGUAUGUAUUAAUGUUAGGACAUCCUGACAGUCUAUUGUAAACAUUAUGAUAAUAGACUUCGUAGUGGAGGUUUUUGUAUUGUAUCUACCUGCAUUGUAAAUCUUCAUAUAAUCAUUUACUCUAAAAGCUAAAAGCUGAAACAUUACAUUUAAGUUCAUUUUGUAAUCUAUAGUCUUCACACAGGACUUGAAAUACCCACAUGCAGAAAAGAAUUUUUGCGGAAACAAAUAUUAACAACUUGCAAUUGGUUAGUAUGAGAAUACAAGCUCUAAAUUUUUCAAUUACAUUGUAUAAAUUGCAGAAAACCACAAGUGCAUGUAUUCCAAGCCCAGUGAGUUGAUACAUUUGAAUACUGAUUAGCAACUUGAUAACACACUACUUAUAAGAGUGAUGAUCAGUGAUCUUUAGUUUCUUUGGCAUUUCAGGCAAUGUCAUAGUCAUUAGUUUUUGGAGUUGCAGGUAAUUACAUUGUUUAACUCAGCAACAUAAGGGUCAUUGUUAGAGGUGUUUGGUGCCAAGUAUUACUAACAAUAUAUAAACAGUUAACAAUGUCCAGUAUUUGUAGGGAGCAUCUCUAAUAACAUCAAGUAAGAUAGGCUGCACCAAGUCAGUUUAAUUUUGGACAUUUGAUGUUUAGCAUGAAAUUAAAACGCAGGGAACCUAUUCAAUGGACCACCAAAAUAAUAUAGUAUUGAGUUGUAAAUGUAACGUACCAAUCUCCAUUUGACAUUGUGUGAUUGUAAUGAAGGCACAGUGUAGUUUUGUACAUUUGUAGAGCUACCAAUUGUUAACUUACUGCUACUAAGAGUAGGACUUAGUUUUAGAGGAUGACCAGGAAGGAUUGGUGGGGGCAGGGAUGUUUUGGGAAAGAAUUUAUACAAACUACCUGAAAUAAACAUUUUGCACCAACAUCCUCAACCAUCCUUCCUAGCCUACCUCCUAAACUGAAUGUUACAGUUAAAAGACUUUAAUGGAUUAGAUGUACCAUCAGGAUCUUGACAUCAUGGCAUUUUUAUACAGAGCUGGAAGGGGUGUUUUCUGAAAGGGCAGCAUGAUUUUAUUUACUGAGAUUUUGUAUUAAGGUUAGGUUUGACAUGUAGCAUAUAAUUGCUUUGCAUGUACCCAUAGAAAGGUACCCAUUGUACAUGCAUAUAUGCUGGUGCGCACAGAGAAAAAGUGUUUUUGCAAUUUUUCAACAUUUGUAGUGCUUCUGGUUUAGUGUUUCGAUGUUCAUGUACAACAAGCAUUAUCAUGUGUCAAUAAAAAGUAGUUCUCAAAAAA